AUGGAGGCCAUUAAGUCUGUUCUGAACAUCGGCACCAAGAAGCCUGCCCCGACCGAGCCCUCUGCUGAGCAGCUCUCCCAGCUGAAGGAGAAAUACACCAAGGCCGGUCAGGACCAGGUUUUCACAUUUUACGAUGAGCUUUCUACCUCUGAGAAGGCUGCCCUCUAUCAGCAGCUGUCCGGCUUUGACCCCGAGCACAUCAACAAGAUCACCGACCGCGCCCUGAAUCCCCCCAAGACCGAGGAUGCCUCAACUCAGUCCGGUCUUGAGCCCCUCCCCGAAUCCGCUACCGCAAGCAUCCUCGACUCGAAGGCCGAAGAUAUUGAGAAGUGGUACCAGUCGGGUCUUGACCUGAUCGGACAGAACAAGGUGGCCGUCGUGCUUAUGGCAGGCGGCCAGGGCACCAGAUUGGGCAGCUCUGCCCCCAAGGGCUGCUUCGAUAUCGGUCUCCCCAGUCACAAGUCCCUUUUCCAGAUUCAGGCUGAGCGUAUCCGCAAGGUACAGGAGCUCGCGGCCAAGAAGGCCGGUGCCAGCAAGGCCACCGUCCCGUGGUACGUCAUGACCUCCGGCCCCACUCGCGGCCCCACGGAGCAAUACUUCGAGGAGAACAAAUACUUCGGCCUGGACAAGUCCAACGUUAUCAUUUUCGAGCAGGGCGUCCUGCCUUGUAUCUCGAAUGAGGGCAAGAUUCUCCUUGAAUCCAAGGGGAAGGUGGCUGUUGCCCCUGACGGCAACGGAGGCAUCUACCAAGCACUGGUUGUCUCGGACGUGAUGGGAGACAUGCGUAAGAGAGGUAUUGAGCACAUCCACGCCUACUGCGUAGACAACUGCCUCGUCAAGGUUGCCGAUCCCGUUUUCAUCGGCUUCUCUGCCGCCAAGGAUGUCGACAUCACCACCAAGGUCGUCCGUAAGCGCAACGCCACCGAGUCUGUCGGUCUGAUUUUGCUCAAGAACGGCAAGCCAGAUGUUGUCGAGUACUCCGAGAUCGACAAGGAGACGGCCGAAGCCCAGGACCCCAAGCAGCCUGGCGUCCUCAAGUUCCGCGCCGCUAACAUUGUCAACCACUACUACUCAUUCCGCUUCCUCGAAAGUAUUCCACAGUGGGCUCACAAGCUGCCCCACCACAUUGCCCGCAAGAAGAUCCCCUACGCCGACCUUAAGACUGGCUCGACCGUGAAGCCCGAGAAGCCUAAUGGUAUUAAGCUGGAACAGUUCGUCUUUGACGUCUUCCCCAUGCUGGAGCUAAACAAGUUCGCAUCCAUGGAGGUGAAGCGCGAGGAUGAGUUCUCGCCCCUCAAGAACGCCCGCGGCACUGGCGAGGAUGACCCUGAUACCAGCAAGCGCGACAUUAUGUUGCAGGGUAAGCGCUGGGUUGAGGCUGCAGGUGCCAUUGUUACUGGCGAGAGCACUGAUGAUGGUGUUGAGGUUUCUCCUCUGUUUAGCUACGGCGGCGAGGGUUUGGAGAAGCUCAAGGGCAAAGAGGUCAAGGCUCCCGCUGUUUUAGAGAUCGAGUAA